CCGCUGGUUCCGUAACAACAUCCCGUUGGCCUCCCUCGGGCGGCGGGACCGGUGCAGCCGCCGCCUCCCAGGAGCGCCCGCCGGCCGGGCCCGCGCCCUUCCCGGCCCAGGCCGCCAUGGCCACCAACCCGCAGCCGAAGCCGCCUCCGGCGCCGCCGCCUCCCCCGCCGCAGCCGCAGCCGCCGCCGCCGCCGCCGGGCCCCGGGGCUGGCCCGGGCGCGGGCGGGGCGGGCGGCACGGGGGCCGGCGCCGGGGACCCGCAGCUCGUGGCCAUGAUCGUGAACCACCUCAAGAGCCAGGGGCUCUUCGACCAGUUCCGCAGGGACUGCCUGGCCGACGUGGACACCAAGCCUGCCUACCAGAAUCUGAGACAACGUGUUGAUAACUUUGUUGCAAACCACUUAGCAACUCAUACUUGGAGUCCCCAUCUCAAUAAGAACCAGCUCAGAAACAACAUCAGACAACAAGUGCUCAAAUCAGGAAUGUUGGAGUCUGGUAUCGACCGAAUUAUUUCUCAGGUUGUGGAUCCAAAGAUCAAUCACACAUUCAGACCUCAGGUGGAGAAAGCCGUGCAUGAGUUUUUGGCCACACUAAACCCCAAGGAGGAGGCAGGUGGCAGCUCGGCUCCUGACGAGGAGCGGCCCGACGCCUCCGUCGUCACACAAGGUGUUCCUGCUCCUGGGCCCAGCGCUAACGUGGCCAGUGAUGCCAUGUCAAUCUUAGAAACUAUAACUUCUCUUAACCAGGAAGCUAGUGCUGCCAGGGCUUCGACAGAAACGUCAAAUGCUAAGACCAGUGAGAGAGUAUCCAAAAAACUCCCAUCUCAGCCAAGUACUGACACCGGUCCUGAAAAAGAGAGAACCUCAGAGGACGUGGCUGAUAAAGAAAAGCCUCCACCUGACUCUGGAGGGGAAGGACAGGAAACAGCCCCUAAGUCUGAAGAAUUUAGUGACCUCCCUUGUCCGGUUGAAGAAAUUAAAAAUCACACAAAAGAGAGUAAUAGUUUAGUUCUCAUAAAUAAGGAUGUUCAACAGGAAAGCAGUGACCAAAGAAAUAAAUCAACGGACAAAGGUGAAAAGAAACCAGACAGCAAUGAAAAAGGAGAAAGAAAGAAAGAAAAGAAGGAAAAGACGGAAAAGAAAUUUGAUCACUCAAAAAGAAGUGAAGAUAUACAAAAAGUAAAAGAUGAAAAACAAGUGAAGGAUAAAGAAGUAGAGUGUUCAAAAGUUCCAUCAGAAAAGAACAGUAACAAAGCUAAAACCAUUGAAGGGACAAAAGAAGAUUGCUCAGUGCUGGACUCUGACGUCGACGGGCUGACAGACAUCACAGUCAGCUCUGUCCACACCAGCGACCUAUCAUCUUUUGAAGAAGACACCGAAGAGGAAGUGGUCAUGUCUGACAGUAUGGAAGAAGGGGAGAUUACGUCAGACGAUGAAGAAAAGAACAAGCAGAAUAAAACAAAAACUCAAACUAGUGAUCCCAGUGAAGGAAAAGCAAAAAGUGUGCGGCAUGCUUAUGUUCACAAGCCGUACCUGUACUCCAAGUAUUACAGUGAUUCUGAUGACGAACUUACUGUAGAACAACGGCGCCAGUCGAUUGCUAAAGAAAAAGAAGAGAGGCUUUUAAGAAGGCAAAUUAAUAGAGAGAAACUAGAAGAAAAACGAAAACAGAAAGCAGAAAAGACAAAGUCUUCAAAAGCUAAGAGUCAAGGCAAAAACAGUGUGGACUUAGAAGAAUCAUCAGCAAAGAGUUUGGAACCUAAAGCCCCCAGAAUUAAAGAAGUCCUUAAAGAACGGAAAGUUCUAGAGAAAAAAGUAGCCCUAAGCAAAAAAAGAAAAAAAGAUUCAAGGAAUGUUGAAGAGAAUUCUAAAAAGAAACAGCAAGCUGAAGAAGAUUCCAAAGAAAGCCUCAGAAUGAAUGAGCAUUGUGAAAAGGAAAAGGUGUCUUCUUCAAAAGAUUCCAAGCAUGUUCAUGCAAAAAGUGAACCAAGUAAACCUACCCGGAGACUCUCGGAGUCUUUACAUUCAGCUGAUGAAAACAAAAAUGAAUCCAAAAUCGAAAGAGAACAUAAAAGACGGACAUCUACCCCUGUUGUGAUGGAAGGGGCACAGGAAGAGACUGACACGCGAGAUGGAAAAAGGCAAUUGGAACGCUCAGAAAUGGGCACAGAAGAACCCCAGAAACAGAAAAGCACACUUAAAAAUGAAAAGCAUCUAAAGAAAGAUGAUUCUGAAACACCACAUGUGAAAAACGUACUAAAGAAAGAGGCAAAAUCCUCUAAGGAGAAGCCUGAAAAAGAAAAAAUUCUGUCAGAAGACAAAUUAUCCACGAAACAUAAACAUAAAGGGGACAGUGUACAUAAAACAGGUGAUGACACUGAGCUUCACUCUUCUGAAAAAGGUUUAAAAGUAGAUGAAAGUAUUCAGAAGCAAAGUCAACAGACUAAACUCUCUUUAGAUGAUAAAGCUGAACGAAAAAGUAAACAUAGGAAUGAAAGGAAAUUAUCAGUGUUAGGCAAAGAUGGAAAGCCAGUUUCUGAAUAUAUUAUAAAAACAGAUGAGAAUGUUCGUAAAGAAAACAACAAAAAAGAAAGACACCUGUCAACUGAAAAAACUAAGGCAGAGCAUAAAUCAAGAAGAUCAAGUGAUUCCAAAAUUCAGAAAGAUUCUCUGAGUUCCAAGCAACAUGGAAUCACAUUACAGAGAAGAAGUGAAAGUUAUUCAGAAGAUAAGUGUGAAAUGGACUCGACCAACGUAGAUGGUAAUUCAAAACCAGAAGAGGUUGUCCACAAGGAGAAGCGAAGAACAAAGAGCUUGUUAGAAGAGAAACUUGGGUUAAAGUCGAAAUCCAAAAGUCAAGGCAAACAGUUGAAAGUCAUUGAAACAGAAUUACAAGAAGGUGUCACAAAACAGACGGCCACUCCAAAACCAGAGAAGGAAAAGUACACAGAAGAAAAUGACCCAGAUAGACAGCGAAAGUCUAAAGUUGAGGACAAAUCUUCUGAGGAAACUGGUGUUGAACCUGUAUUAGAGAGUGCUGCUUGUUCAGCACACGGUACGCAGAAGGACACCAGUCACAGAGCUAAGCCAUCAUUAGCGAAGGAGAAGUAUAAGGGUGACAAAGAUACAAGCUCCUCCAGACUUGAGAGGAAGUUAUCAGAUGGGCACAAAAGCAGAAGCUUAAAGCAUAGCAGUAAGGACGUGAAAAAGAAGGAAGAAAAUAAAUCAGAUGAUGGUAAAGAAGUUGACAGUAAUCAUGACAAGGCCAGAGGGAUUAGUUCAGCCAUGGAAAGGAAAUUAAGUAGAAGAUUGUGUGAAAAUCGAAGAGGAAGCUUAUCCCAAGAAAUGACCAAAGGGGAAGAAAAACUUGCAGCAAACACUUUGGGAACUCCCAGUUGUUCCUCCCUUCAGAGACCAAGAAAAAGUGGCGAUACCACAUUGAUCCCUGAACAAGAGCCAAUGGAAACUGAUUCUGAGCCUGCUGUUGAAAAUGUAUCUGAAGUAUCUAAAACCCAGGAGAGCAGCAGUAAUAGUUCUCAGCAAGAUAUGGACUCUGAAAAUGUGAUGAAACAAAAAACUACAGCCACAGUUCUAAAGGAUGAUUUAAGAACUUCCACAGUAGACGCAAAGACAGCAGCUCCAAUGUGUAAAUCGGGACGUGGAACAGUUGCUAGUAAUUCUGAAAAGCACGCUGACCAUAAAAGCAUCCUGACCAGGAAAGUGCAUGUCCAAAGUGCUGUGUCCAAACUAAGUCCCAGGGAGAAAGAACCCACUCAACAAGGAACUCGUGAAAUGAAUGUAGACUCUGAAACGAGUCAGAGGAUGUUACCUCGAGCCCCAUCAGAAAGUGACGGGGCGCAAAAGAAUUUGAAAAACACAAGACCCACUGAAGAGCGUGUUCAGGGAAACGCUGUUCUUGAACAUUCCACAGAUUUAAACCCCUCACCAUCCUUAAGUUCAGGGACUGUUGUGCCUCAGAAACAACCUCAUGAUUCAGAUGUAAUUCCUGUCGGUGACAAAAGAACUGUGUUAGAAGGUGGCCCAGCCAGCACCUCCCCUGCAAACCACACUGGUUCCCCUAACCAAAGUCUGACUGUUGGCGAAUCAGAGGUCCCUAGGACAAGUGACAGCAAAGUAGGCGGUAGGAUUUCCACAGCUGAUAACGCAGCAAAAGCAAGUACAGAUAGCAAAAGGCACAUUCCAGCAGGUUACCAGGCCACCAUACUGCACAGGAAGCCAGGGGAAGUAAGCAUGCCUUUUGGUAGCGAGUUAACAGGCACAAUUACGGAACAUGAGAGUGUUAACAAAGACGGUGGCUUGGUGGCCAUGGCCAGGAAAGAAAGUGGCUUAAGUACGGAGCCCACUUCAAAGCAGGCAGUGAGAACUGCGGUCGUAAAUGGCAAGAAGGAUGGCAUUGCUGCAGGUGUGAGCACUGAAAAAGAUGCUGAAACUGUUGAACUGAAGCACAGUGGAGGCCCAGAUGACAUAGAAAACACGCCGGCUGUUUUCAGGCAUGAGAGCAGUGAGGUGGACACCAGUGCUGGAAGGAACGCUGCAGCAUCUGCUUUACACCAAAGGAGUGGACAGACUGAGAAUGCGGCUUGGUCUGCUCGCGCAGAAAAGGCUUCUGUGGCCACUAGUACUGAAGGAAAGGACAGCGGCAUUACCGGAGACCCGGGGAAAGCCGGGAAUGCCACCACCACGUCUUCAGAAGCUGGCGCAGGGCAGGUGGCUGUGCCUUGCACAAGCAUCGAGGCCGACGAAGGACUCAUAACAGGCGCGUGCUGCAGAAACAAUCCUCUCCGGGUUGGGGCAGAAGCCAGCGAAGGCACUGUUUUUGCGGCAGCCGAAGAGGGCGGGGGCGUGGUCACGGAGGGAUUCGCCGAAAGCGAAACUUUCCUCACCAGCACCAAGGAAGGAGAAAGUGGAGAGUGUGCUGUGGCCGGAGCUGAAGGGCGAGCAGCAGACCCCGUGCCUCAGGCAGCUCCAGUUGAAGACAGUGUCAACAGUGCUGUGACAGAAGAGAAGGAUGAUGCUGUGACCAGUGCCGGCUCUGAAGAAAAAUGUGACGGCUCUUCCAGUAGACACUCAGAAAUAGUCGAAGGAACUGUUACCUUCAUCAGUGAAAUUGAAAGCGAUGGAGCCGUAACGAGUGCUGGGACCGAAAUACGAGAGGGCUCAUUAAGCAGUGAAGAGCUAGAUGGAUUCCAGAGGACAGUGACGAGGUUGGGUCCCAAGAAAGAAACUGAGGGAACUGUGACAUGUACAGGAGCAGAAAGGAGAAGUGACCACUUUGUUAUGUGCUCAGGAACUGGGGCAGGGCCACAGGAGGAGCGCAUGGUUACAGGUGCAGCCGUGGUCCUGGGAGACGAUGACACGCCACCAGGAACAAGUGCCACCCAAGAAGGAGAUGGUUCUGUGAAUGACGGCACGGAGGGUGAAAGUGCGGUCACCAGCACAGGGAUCACAGAGGAGGAUGGAGAGGGCCCUGCAAGCUGCAGCGGUUCCGAGGAGAGCGGCGAAGGCUUUGCGCUAAGUUCUGAAUCUGAAGAAAAUGGAGAGAGUACAAUGGACAGCACAGUAGCCAAAGAAGUGACUAAUGUACCGUCGGUCGCCGCUGGUCCCUGUGAUGACGAAGGCAUUGUCACCAGCACGGGUGCCAAAGAGGAGGAGGAUGAAGGUGAGGGUGUUGUCACUAGUACUGGACGAGGAAAUGAAGUCGGGCACGCUUCAGCCUGCACGGGGAUGGAAGAAAGCGAAGGCGUCUCCGUCUGUGAAAGUGCAGAAGAGGGAGACAGUCCGAUUGGGACUGCAGAGGGGCAUGUGGCAGCUGAGGCCGGAGCUGCCAUCGUAAACGCACAUGAAAGUGACGUCGAUAGCAGGAGUGGUGCCGAGAAGGAAGGUAAAGAUACCGAGAUCUGCUCCAGUGCAAAAGAGAUUGUUGAAAGCAGUGUGACCAGCGCCGUGGGCAGAAAGGCUGAAGCGGCGCCCGAGCCUGAAGGUGGUGAGGGUCCCAUGACUAGUGCAGCUUCAGGUCAAAGUGACAGUCCGCUCACCGGGAAAGAAAAUGCUGGAGACACCACCACUUCCACCGGCCUGGUUGGGGGCAGCCAUGAGGCAGUUGUGUCCGGGGCGAUCCCAGAAUAUGAGGUCCAUCACACAUCGCCCGGUGAGAAAGCGGAGGAAGGUGUCAUCACCUCUGUGGAAAACGAGGAGUGUGACGGCCUCAUGGCUUCUACGGCCAGUGACAAUGUCACCAACCAGGCUUGUUUGGCUGGAAGCAAAAGUCCAGGCACAGGCUUGAUGAUUUCCACCAGCACGACAAAUGGUGACACCACGCAGUCAGACACGAUUGUGGAUGUGCAAGAAAGUGGUUCAGGGGCUCCGAGAACGGAGGAAGGGCUGGAAGGCACCCGUGUGCAUACAGAAGACUUCGAGGCCCCCAUGCCCAGUGCAGUUUCGGGAGAAGACAGCCAGCCCACUGCUACGAGAAACGAAGACAAAGACGAGUGCGCCAUGAUUUCCACAAGCAUCGAGGAGGAGCUGGAAGUGCCCGUGUCCAGCGCAGCCACCGUCCCCCGGGCCGGAAGUCAGCAGCCGGCUGCAGUCGUGGACGGCCGAGCGCAAGGCCUGGUCUCGCUCAGCACCGACGAGUCCGAGGAGCCUAUGCCCAGCGCACCCACAGAAGCUGCCCGUCCUCAUGCCUCCACCAGCAAGGAGGACAGAGACGAUGCGCUCAUUUCCACCAGCAUAGCAGAGGAAUGCGAGGCCUCUGUUUCUGGCGUGGGUGCGGAGAGUGCAAACGAGCGGUCUGCUGCAGCCAUGGAAGAAAAAGAUGGCAGUGCUGUCAUCUCAACAAGCUCAGGAGAAGACUGUGAGGGCCCAGUGUCUAGUGCCGUCCCUCAGGAAGAGGUCCAUCUCUUGCUCACACCCGCUGAAGAGGUAAGCGACACCACCGUGAUCUCCACAAGCACCUCUGAGGGGCGUGAAGCCGUCAUGAGGGGCACUGCCCCACAGGAUGCAGACCAGCCCCCUGCCGCAAGACUGGAGGACCCGAGUGAUGCUGCCGUCAUCUCCACCAGCACGGCCGAAUGCGUGCUCAUCGCCAGCGGCCGACACAGGCACGAGGAGAAUCAGCUGACUGCCAGCAUCCCAGAAGGAAAAGAUGACCUGUCCUCUGCAAAAGAGAGCAAGUGUGAAGUCCCUAUGCCCAGCCUAAUGGCUGAGAACACCUGUCGGUGUCCCGGGCCAGUCACAGGCAGGAAAGAAGUGCGUACUGAGGAAGGGUGCCACAGGGCGUCCGUCAGUGUGCUCCCCGCAGAGGGUGGCCCGCCAGCAAACAAGGAUGUGUCCGUGAGCUCUGUUCCGAUAGGAGAUGGAAGCCCUGAGGCAGGGACGGGCAGGGACAGCACCACAGCGAGCUGUUUGGCGGGGAGGGGCUCGGCCAGGACUGCUGACGCACCUGUCCCCCAGCGGGGACCAGAGCCCACAUCGGGGCAGACGACUGAGGACUCCUCUGUCAGCAUUCGCUCUUUGACAGCCGUGAGCACAGGUGCUAACGUAGCUAAUGACAUGCCACGUGUCGGAGACGCUGCCACACAGCCGUCCUCUCUGCCUCCUGCCCGGCGGCAGCCUGAGGGCGACUGGAAAACCACCACCGCCAAAUGUGUUAAUGGUGGAGAAGCAGAGAGCGCGCCUUCCCGCUCAGCCCGUUCAGCUGCCCACAGUGUAGCCCUGCCAGCUCCUACGGGCGAGCAGGACUUGACCAGAAGGAGUGAGCCCAGAGGCAAAUGGACUGCUCAGGCGUCCGCCGAGAAAACAGAAGAUGGCAUGACAAAAUCAUUCCAGAAGGAAGGAGACCUCAAGGUCACUGUUUCUUCUGAAGAAGAUUUGGGUGACAUAGGCAAUGAAGAGUCUCCAUUGGAUGUUUUGGGAGGAUUGGAACUGAAAGCCGACUUGAAAACUGAGAUGUUUGUACCAUCAGAGGAAGAGAAAGAUCAUGAAAUUCUAGCCCCAUCAGAAAGUCCAUGUGGGAGAAAGCUGGUUGGAAUGGCUGAAGUACAGAGGGAGCCUUUGUUGGUGAAUGAAUCACUGAGUGUCGAAAAUUCAGGCUCAAGAGCAAAUGAAGACAUUCACAGCAAAUCUCAUGACAAAGAAGAGAUCUCCAAUGGUAGAAAAGACAACACAGAAGCUGUCAGAGGUCACAGUGUUGAAGCAAAUCCUAAGGAGGUUGAAGAGGAAGAAAGACAUAUGCCUAAAAGAAAAAGAAAGAAGCAUUAUCCCUCUUCAGAUGAUGAACUGGAUGAUAAUCCAGAUGUCCUGGAUUCCAAAAUAGAAACCGCACAGAGGCCGUGUUCUGAAGCUGAGCCACAAGAUACAAAGGAAGAGAACUUUGGAGAUUUGGAAGAAUUCUCUAAAACAAGUCCUAACACAAAUAGCACUGCUUCCAGGGCCCUGGAGGACAAAGAUGAUUAUAGCAGCAGUGAAGCUGCUGGCGAGAAGACAGAGCAGAAUGACGACGACAACAUCAAAUCUCAGGAGGAAGAUCAGCCGGUAAUUAUUAAAAGGAAAAGAGGAAGACCUCGUAAACAUCCUGUAGAAACACCAUUAAAAACGAAAGAAGACUGCAAAACAGAUACUGGCAUUAGCACUGUAGAACAGUCUCCACCUGGUGGCAAGCUGCAAGUCGUGCAGACAGAUGAAUCCAGUAAAGAAGCAAGUACCCUGCAAGAAAGAAGUGUAAGCAAUGAUGAUGGGGAAGAAAAAGCAGUGGCAAGUGUGCGUCGGAGAGGAAGGAAGCCCAAGCGUUCGCUCGCUCUGUCCGAUGAUGCUGAAUCCUCAGAACCAGAAAGAAAACGCCAGAAAUCCAUUUCUGAAACAACUGAAGACAAGAAGGAGCAGGAGUCUGAUGAGGACGAGGAUGAGGAGGAAGAGGAUGAGCCCUCAGGGGCCACGACACGGUCUGCCAGCAGAUCGGAGGCUCAGAGAUCAAAGGCCCAACUCUCCCCUUCCACCAAGCGCAAGAGAGAGGCCAGCCCCCCUGGGGCACGCACGCGAGGCCAGCAGAGAGUGGAGGAAGCCCCAGUGAAGAAGACAAAGCGAUAAUCGUGCUGCGCUGCCCCGGCUGGUGGGGGCAGUGGGGAGCGGGGCCGAGCCAGUCCUCGCGCCUCGAGCCUCGGGCCGUAGGCUUUUUUUUUAACCAGGGAAAGGACAUGCAUGUGCUCUAAGUUCCUAGGUGCAAGCUUUUUCUUGUUAUGUUUUAAACAGCUUUAUAAACUAUUGUUCAUAGAAGAUACUAUGUACAUUUAUUUCAGAUAAAUGAAAAUAAGUUUACUUUGUAUCUGAACUCAAAGUAGUUGUAUAUUUUAACAUUCAAAAUUGGGAUUUCCCGAUGUGACGCAUCACUAAUGCAAACCCUCCCGGCCCCUGAGACACCAGGCUGCCUGCUGGUCACCUGUGUACAGUAUAUAAACAUGUAAAAAUAGGUUGUAUUUUACUCUGUGUAUGAUGCUAAUCAAUGAACACUUUAUUUAUUUUACAGAGAAAACUUAUCUGUGAACUUUACUAUAUAUCUGUUUAUUUUAUUUUAUUAUUUUCUUUUUAAUAAAAAGGUUUUAAAUGCUAUGCAGUCAUUAGUAGAAAUGUUUUAGGACUCUGCCUGCCCUGUAACUAUCUGAAUAUGAAGUGGCAGGAAAUACAGAAUCUUCUUGCAUGUAUUCGAGUAACGUAGUUUAGUUCAAGGGUCUCCAUUGCUUUUCUGUUCACCGUUGUGACUCUUUUAAGAAUGUAACUUGUUUUUAGAUGAUACUGGCAUCUGUGGCUUUACUGCCAGCCUCACUGGCCUAAGAGAUUCUGGUUCAGGUCAGCUUAAAAGCCUGUCCCCGGCAGCAAGAAGCCCUUGUGUUCGUUCCUCCCCGCGGCUGUUCCGAGGCUACACCCAUAUCCUUCCCAUGUCGUCUUCUCGGUGAAGAGAAAUGCAUUGUCGAUUAGUUCACUCCUGUCAUGCUUCAGGAUUUUAUGUUGUUUUAUACAUAAUUAUUUCAGGAUAGAAACUGGCUUUACUGCUAGAUUCUUUUUUAAACAUCUUUUAACUCCCAUGUGAGCAAACUGUCCAACUUAAGUUUUUCAUAAGGUUAAACUUUUCUUAAGAUCAAAUUUGUCUCUAGCAAUGAUGUGAUGAGUUGCCAAAUAAUUGAGAUUAUUUUAAAAUGUUUUAUUCAUAUUCUUGUUUUGUAAUUAAAAUUUACAUUCAGUGUGUGAAUAUUUGGGGG